UCGUUCUCUCUCAUCCCGUGGCGCGCCUUUCUCCCGUGGCUGUCACUCAGUCGUUUCCCGCCAGGCCAGCAAAGGAAGGCAAGGGACCGGACGGGACGCCACUUUUGUUGUGGUGGUGCGUAAAAGGGGGCUCGCGCAGCUCGCCACGCCGCUGCAAACUUUUUGUUUGUUUUUGUUUUCUUGUUUUGCUUCCCUCUCGGGCGGCAUGGAGGAGGCGAAGGAGCCGGUGCGAUGUUCGUCGUCGUUCAGCAUCAAAAGCCUCCUGCUGCCGUCCACUAAGUGCGAGGCCCGCGGCGACUCUUGCGGCCCCAGCACGCCGCUGCACGAGCCCCUUUCCCCGGUCUCGGACGCGGAGAGGUCCCCGGAGGGGGCGGCUGGCUCUGAGCCAGACAAGACGCUGCAGGAGGGCGGCGAAACGGCCGCGGAGGAGGGCGACGGCGGUGCGGGCGGCACGUCGCCCGCACCCAAGAACGGCAAGUACGACAAGCCGCCGUUCUCGUACAACGCGCUCAUCAUGAUGGCCAUCCGCCAGAGCCCCGAGAAGCGGCUGACGCUCAACGGCAUCUACGAGUUCAUCAUGAAAAACUUCCCCUUCUAUCGCGAGCACAAGCAGGGCUGGCAGAACUCCAUCCGCCACAACCUGUCGCUCAACAAGUGCUUCGUCAAGGUGCCGCGCCACUACGACGACCCGGGCAAAGGCAACUACUGGAUGCUGGACCCCAGCAGCGACGACGUCUUCAUCGGCGGCACCACCGGCAAACUGCGUCGGCGCUCGGCCACGUCGCGCGGAAAGCUGGCCAUCAAACGUGGCCUGCGCUUUGCCCCGCUUGGCUUGGGCGGCCUGGGUGGAGGCCUGGGCGAGCGGCCGUCCAACCCGCUCUACUGGCAGAUAUCGCCCUUCCUCUCCCUGCAACCGCAUCCACACUCGCACCCGCACUCGCACUACAACGGGGCCUCGUCCGCUGCCGGCUUCCUCGGCCAGGCGGCCGGCUAUGGCUCCCUCCUGCCGGGCGUCGAGCAGCUGGCCAACGGGGACCUGGGCCGCUCCGUGCUGCAGGGCAGCCUCACCAACUCUUACGGCGUCGGCCUGCUGUCGGCGCAGGGUCCCGCGGCGGCGGCUGCCGGCUACUUUGUCUCGCCUGGAAGCCAACAAGGCCCACAGGGAGCGUCGCCGCACUUGCAGCAGGGCGCGUCCGGCUUCGGCGCGCUGGCGAGCGGCGGCAGCAGCAGCCCUCCGCCCCCACACUCGCACCCGCACUCGUUGCUGUCGGACCCGCUGAGGAGCAGCAGCUCGGCGGCGGCCUUCUCGCAGUCCGGCGUGGCGGCGGCGGCUUUUCCGAGCGUGCUGGGCCAGCAGAAGAGGCUGGCCUCCAACGCUUUCCUAAACUGAAACGCAAAGCUAAGCCCUCUUUUCCUUUUCCUUCGUUGCUAUACGGCGGAGGCAGCGCUACAAAAAAGAAGACGACAAAAAAAAAAUCUAUAUUUCAAAGUAUCUAAGACACGGAACUCGGCUCUGCCCCACAACACGAAAGUAUAUUUAUAUCCACGUCUUUCUUAUUUAUGAGGACCUUUUGUAUUUAUUUUAUUUAAAAUGUCUCAAUGUGCGUGUGUCUGAUGAUGCUGAUGAUGAUGUUGCACCCUGAAAGCGCACAAACAUUUAUUAUUUAUUAAUAAGAUUGGCAGCAGACAAUCAACUUUUAGGCAGGAAUUAUUUUUUAUCCCCAACAUUAUUAAUAAUAACUCUCAGAAACAAGCCUUACAUUAGCGAAGACAAUCAGGGGUUGAAAGAGCGGAACAAUUUUCUUUUGAUUUUUCAUUCUCAGGUGAACGUGCUUUAAAUAAUAUAAUAAUAAUAACAAUAAUAAUUAUACAUUUUAUUUUACAGAACUCAUAAGUUCAAAACAAAACUCAUCACGGAUGGGAAAUUAUGCAAAAGGUUUGAAUACGCAUUGCGUGAGUGUGAUGUGAGUGUGUGUUUGUCUGUGUCCAUGCGUACGUGCGCAUUUUCAUUGAGGGCAGCUAAACUAAAAAAAAUAUA